AACAGCAGUGCGUCUUUACCGGAGGUAGUGGAAGAGUCAUAGCCGGUCGCCGGAGAAAUUCACGUCAAAAUAUUCUUUGCUUUUUCGCGCACUAAACAAUCAGGGGUUACCAGAUCUUCCCUCAACCAUGGGCAUGGUCAUUGUUGUUUUAUGGUGAAAUUGUUGUACAUGAGAAGAAGAAGAAGAGCAAGGGUUGAAAGAGAGGGGUAUAUGGUAGAUGGAGUGCAACAAAGAUGAUGCUUUGAGGGCUAAAGAAAUUGCAGAGAAGAAAUUCUUGGCUAAGGACUUUUUGGGGGCGAAAAAGUUUGCUUUAAAGGCCCAAAAUUUGAAUCCUGGACUUGAGGGAAUUAGUCAAAUGUUGGUGAUACUCGACGUGCAUAUUGCUGCUGAGAGCAAAGUUAAUUUUGAAGGAAACUUCUAUGGAAUCCUUGGUGUUAGUCCAAAAGCUGAUGACGAGACGAUAAGGAAACAGUAUAGGAAAUUAGCUCUCAUGCUUCAUCCUGAUAAGAAUAAGUCAUUUGGGGCUGAAGGAGCUUUUAAGCACGUUUCAGAAGCGUGGAGCUUAUUGUCUGAUAAGAACAAGAAAUCAAUUUACGACAAUAGAAAUGCUAGUAUCUUGCAGCAGAGAUUUGAAGCUGAAAAUGUAGAUUCUUCUUCGCAGCAAAAUAGGCAGAAUGGUUUUCACGAUUUCGCAAAGAAUGCUGCUGCUCCUUCGCGAGCGAGGCCACCAAAGGGUAAUAAUAAUGCCAAUAAAAAGAGUAGUCCUUCAUCUGGAACGAAGGAGCGUCGUACCUUUUGGACUGUUUGCUAUCGGUGCAAGAUGCAGUAUGAGUAUAUGCGGAUGUAUCUUAACCAUAAUCUUCUGUGUCCCAAUUGUCAUGAAGCCUUCUAUGCUGUUGAAACAACAGCACCGUCCAAUGGCUCAAAGAAGUCUAAUUCUCAGCAGCAAGAGAACGUGUACCACCAGGAUAUGAAAAAGAAUGCACCAACUACAGGAAGAAACAGUUCAAGCACACCAAAUAUAGGGUCUUCUGACUUCCAGUGGAGCCCAUUUUCUAAAACUUCUGGUCAUGCAUCUGCUGUUCAAGCAGCUAAUAUGGUUCAGCAAGCAUAUCAGAAAGUAAAACGAGAGCGUCAAGAAGCACAGACAGCGACGAAAAGAGAGGAGGCAUUGAGAAGGAAAAAUAAAAGGCCAAGACCAAGUGGAACUAUAUCAGCUGCACAGUUUAAUGCUUCCAAGAGGAAAAAAGGCAUAGACGAAUCUGCUGGAGCCAGCACAGCUAGUCCAGCUGAAACUGAAAGGUUGAGUAAUGAAAAGGAGAUAUCCCGCUAUGAUGUCAAAAAUUUGCUGAUGGAGAAGGCCAAGAAGGAAAUAUUGAAAAAGCUAAGUGAACAGGGCUCAACUACUGUGACCGCAUCUACGUCUUCAAGCGAGGUAAUUUUAACCAACGUAGCUAAGGAGAGAAAAAAUCAUGGUUCGGAAUUUGAUGUCAGAGAAGAUCAUGAUGCAGCUUGUGAACAAGUUAUAACUGAAACCAAAGUCUUUGCAAUUAGGUCUUGUUCUGAAAAUUUUGGCAAGUAUUUAGAUAAUGAACCUGUUGAGUGCAUGUCGAUAGAUGUUCCAGAUUCAGAUUUCCACAAUUUUGAUAGAGAUAGAGUAGAAAGUUGUUUUGGACCUGACCAAGUCUGGGCUGCAUAUGAUGACAGUGAUGGGAUGCCUCGGUAUUAUGCCAUGAUUCUUCAAGUGGUUUCUCUAAAUCCAUUCAAGGCCAGAAUCAGUUGGUUAAAUUCAAACAUCAAUAAUGAAACGGGCUCACUAUACUGUGUUAAUUCUGUUCCGAGAACAUGUGGAUACUUCAGAAGAGCCAGACAUGAAAUUAGAAGCUCUAUUAACUGCUUCUCACACAAGGUCAGAUGGACAAAAGGUCCCGGUGAUUCAAUUCAAGUAUUUCCUCGGAAAGGGGAAGUUUGGGCUUUAUACAGAAACUGGUCUCCAGAAUGGAAUGAGUUUACAGAGGAUGGUGUAAUACACAAAUAUGAUUUGAUUGAAGUACUUGAAGAUUUUAAUGAGGAAGGUGUGUUAGUUAUUCCUCUCGUCAAAGUUGCUGGCUUCAAGACGGUGUUCCACAAGCAUUUGAACCCCAGGGAAAUAAGAAAAAUUCCUAGGGAAGAAAUUUGCCGAUUUUCUCAUCAGAUUUCGUCCUACUUGCUUACGGGAAAAGAAGGCCCAAAUGCUCCUAAGGGUUGUCGAGAAUUGGAUCCAGCAGCUAUGCCCGGAGAACUUCUUGAAGUAAUACAAGAAAUUGAAUGCACCGAUCCUGAAGGAAUCGGGGAAGAAAAUACAAUUGGUGGUACAGGAGCAAGGAGUUGCAAUUUGAUGGAAGAAACUUCCAGCUCAACGGAAGUUAUAAUAUUAGAUUGAUAUAUUAGGAUGUUGUUAUAUAGCAUUCAUCAACUUCUUUAAGCAAAUGGUUGAUGAGAGAUGUGUUGGUGUAGUUUCCAUGAGUCACUCCCCUUUGAAAUUUUACUUUUGCUUGAAAUAUUUGCAAAACACCUAAAAUUCAGACUAAAACUUGUCUACUAUUAUAGGUAGACCGAUGAUUCUUGACAUUUCAAGCUUCAAGGGGAAAAAGAUUAGGAUGUAACUAAUAUUUAUUAUGAUCUUGUUUCAUAUAUAUAAAUGAGAUAGGUUUUGUAUGAGAAGCUGAUUUAUGGUA